AAACCGAGGCUAUAUAAAAGAAAAAUGGCCAUGUCUAUGCUCCUUAAGCUUAUAUGGUCCCUAUCUUCACUUUCCUUUCUAUACCUGAUAAUUCAAGUUCCUAAAAAUGGGCUGUUGCAUUAGCAAAUGCAAACCCAAGAAAAAUUCCAUACAAGACAUCAAUCUUGUUCAAGACAAGCUUGUCAUAAUCUCACAACCUCCCAAAAACCCUAAAACUCCAAUUAGUAUUCCUACAUCCAAUAAAAUUACCCCAAUUAUAUCUCCUCCUUCACCUACUACUUCUUCUACUUCUUCUAUUUCUUCUUUUACUUGUACUAAUAAUUCUAGUAACGGUAUUAGUACCAGUACUAUUAGCUCAUCUUCAUCAACCUCUAGUGGAUCCUCAUCAUCGAUCUCAACCUUGAAAGAUCGAUCAUUUUCCAACGAGUUUUUAUGGUCGUGCAUCAAGGAAAACCCACACGUUAUUCGUAUUAAUUCGAUUAAGGAAUGUUCUCAAUUCCUCACUCCUCCUAAUGUACAUUCGAGAAAAUUGGAGUCUCCGGUGAAAAAUUAUUCAAUCCCACAAAAAUUAAAUAAAUCUACACCGCAGAAGAGAAUUCGUUCAGACUCACCAACUCCACUGAAUCGACAAAAGAGCUUUCGCAGAGAAGCAGAAAGAAUUAAUUCUUUGCAUUCUUUACCUUUGAAGUCGCCAUCUGCUAGCAGGCGGUUUAAUGGAAGAGGGUUUUCGAUAAAAGAAAAUGGUUCGAAACCCAUGGUUAGUAAUUGUAAGGUAAAUGAUUAUUCUGUUUCUUCUUUAUCUUCAAGAAAGGAGAAUCACCGUAAUCCUCGUUCUUGUUUGAAGAAUAAUAGACAGACUUGCAUUCAUCGAAUAAGUUCGAAAAUCAAUGAAGUUGCAGUUCAACAAGCUUUAGCUCAGCAUGAUAGUGAGUCAGUUCCUAUGGAGGAAGAUAUUGAUAAUCCUCUUAUUUCUUUGGAUUGCUUUAUAUUCCUGUAAAAAUAAGUUAACUAAUUAAUUGUGUGCAUGCAUUUUUAACAUGGCGAGUUGUGCAAAAUUCAGAUUUUUCUUCUUCUUUUUUGUUUAUUCCGAUGUUUAUUCAUUUAUUAGAAAAUUCAUGAAUAGGUUAAAAAUUAUCAACUGGAUCACAUUUCUGUAGUGAUCACA